GGCGUGACCUGGAGCACUUCUGGCUGCGGUGCCGGUUGCCGAGCAGACUCCGAGGCGCCGGAGGUGCACGGCUGUUCUGCGCUCGCCAUGAGGCUGCUGGCCGCCGCCGCGGCUGUGGGGCGCGGGCCGCUCCCGUGGGUCCCCGCCGCCUUGGGCUGGCAGGGGAAGCAGGGUAGUUGGAAGGCCUGCCGAUGGCAUUCAUCAGGGGUGGUUCCUAAUGAGAAGAUACGAAAUAUUGGAAUCUCAGCUCACAUUGAUUCUGGAAAGACGACGUUAACAGAACGAGUGCUUUACUACACAGGCAGAAUUGCCAAGAUGCACGAGGUGAAAGGAAAGGAUGGAGUUGGUGCUGUCAUGGACUCCAUGGAACUCGAGAGACAAAGAGGGAUCACCAUUCAGUCGGCGGCCACCUACACCAUGUGGAAAGAUGUCAAUAUCAACAUCAUAGAUACUCCUGGUCACGUGGACUUCACAAUCGAAGUGGAAAGGGCCCUGAGAGUGUUGGACGGAGCGAUCCUUGUGCUCUGUGCCGUUGGAGGGGUGCAGUGCCAGACCAUGACUGUGAAUCGUCAGAUGAAGCGCUACAACGUUCCGUUUCUAACUUUCAUCAAUAAACUAGACCGGAUGGGCUCCAACCCAGCCAGGGCUCUGCAGCAAAUGAGGUCCAAGCUAAAUCAUAACGCGGCGUUUGUGCAGAUGCCCAUUGGUUUGGAGACUGACUUUAAAGGUAUCAUAGAUCUCAUUGAGGAACGAGCCGUCUACUUUGAUGGAGACUUUGGUCAGAUUGUCCGGCACGGUGAGAUUCCGGCGGACCUGAGGGCAGCAGCAGCCGACCACCGGCAGGAGCUGAUUGAAUGUGUCGCCAACUCAGACGAGCAGCUUGGAGAGCUGUUCCUGGAGGAAAGAGUCCCCUCAGUUUCUGACAUAAAGCUUGCCAUCCGAAGAGCUACGCUAAAUAGAUCUUUUACUCCGGUCUUUCUGGGAAGUGCCUUGAGGAACAAAGGAGUUCAGCCUCUUUUAGACGCUGUUUUAGAAUACCUCCCAAAUCCAUCGGAAGUCCAGAAUUUUGCUAUUCUCAAUCAGGACGAUGACUCAAAAGAGAAAACCAAAAUCUUGAUGAACUCUGAAAGAGACAACUCCCACCCAUUUGUAGGCCUGGCUUUUAAGCUGGAGGCAGGUCGAUUCGGGCAGUUGACUUACGUUCGGAAUUACCAGGGAGAGUUGAGGAAAGGUGACGCCAUCUACAACACAAGGACGAGAAAGAAGGUGCGGGUGCAGCGGCUGGUUCGCAUGCACGCCGACAUGAUGGAGGAUGUUGAAGAAGUGUACGCCGGAGACAUCUGUGCGCUGUUUGGCAUCGACUGCGCUAGUGGGGACACGUUUACAAACAGAGACACCAGCGGCCUUUCCAUGGAGUCAAUUCAUGUUCCUGAUCCUGUCAUUUCAAUAGCAAUGAAGCCUUCUAACAAGAAUGAUCUAGAAAAAUUUUCAAAAGCUAUUGGCAGAUUUACACGAGAAGAUCCCACGUUUAGAGUCCACUUUGACCCUGAGAGCAAAGAGACAAUUGUGUCUGGAAUGGGGGAACUACACCUGGAAAUCUACGCACAGAGAAUGGAAAGAGAAUAUGGCUGCCCGUGUGUCACGGGAAAGCCCAAGGUUGCCUUCAGAGAGACCAUCACGGCCCCUGUCCCGUUUGAGUUUACGCACAAAAAACAAUCAGGGGGUGCGGGCCAGUUUGGGAAGGUGACGGGUGUGCUGGAGCCCCUGGACCCGGAGAACUACACCAAGUUGGAGUUUUUAGACGAAACCUUCGGGUCAAACAUUCCAAAGCAGUUUGUGCCUGCUGUAGAAAAGGGGUUUUUGGAUGCCUGUGAGACGGGCCCUCUUUCUGGUCACAAACUCUCUGGUCUCCGGUUUGUCCUGCAAGAUGGCGCACACCACAUGGUUGAUUCCAAUGAGAUCUCUUUCAUCCGAGCAGGAGAAGGUGCUCUGAAACAAGCCCUGGCCAAUGGAACAUUGUGUAUUCUUGAACCUGUUAUGUCUGUGGAAAUCGUUGCCCCAAAUGAAUUUCAGGGAGUGGUGAUUGCGGGAGUUAACCGUCGCCACGGGGUGAUCACGGGGCAGGAUGGAAUUGAGGACUUCUUCACACUGUACGCAGAUGUCCCUCUAAGUGAGAUGUUUGGUUAUUCCACUGAGCUCAGAUCAUGCACAGAGGGGAAGGGAGAGUAUACAAUGGAGUACUGCAGAUAUCAGCCAUGUUCACCAUCCACCCAGGAAGAUCUGAUUAAUAAGUAUUUGGAAGCUACAGGUCAACUUCCAGUAAAGAAAGGAAAAGCCAAGAGCUGACUAUCCUCACUUUGAGUUUUGAGAUCAAACUUUAACUGAGUCUGCAAGGUUUCAAUACUUGGAUGAAUUCCAAUGGGAUGGAUUCAGGCUGCUGAAACAAGGAGUUAUAGAAACCUUCUGGUAUAUUCAGAGAUAAUUCUGUGUAUAAUAUCUCAACUCUAUUGAUACAUUUUAUACUUUAUCAAAAAAUACAAUUAUUUCUGAAAUGUAUUUAGUAUUUAUUUAAGGGAGGAAGAGACUAAUUUUGGUUAUCCUUCUAAGCUUGGAAUGUAUGUAAACUUACAAAUUUUUUAUCAGAGGAAUUUUCAACAUACAGAAAAGCUGAAAAAAUAGUACAAAGAAUGUCCAUAUGCUGUCCAUCUAAAUUCAACAGAUAACAGUUUUUUAGAAUAGUUUAUCCUGUCAUAAUAAUUUGUCUUCCAGCAUUUGCUUUAUCUGUUUAUCUCUUGUCCAUUUAUCUAUGUCUCAUGCCUCUGUAUUUUUUUAAUUUUUAAAAAUUAUUAUUUUGCUAACACUUGAAAGUAAAUUGCACGUAUCAUGAUACUUCUGGGAAUGUCAGCUUUUUUUUUGUUUUUUCAGUUGUGCUUUAGGUGAAAGUAUACAGAGUAAAUUAGUUUCUCAUCAACAGUUCCUACAGAAGUUGUUCUGUGACGGUUGCAAUCCCCACGAUGUGUCAGCACUCUCCCCCUCUCCCUUUCUGCCCUGGGUGCUCCGUGUCCAUUCGUCCAGGUUUCCUGU